UGGGCCCCAUCUGUGGUGGGUGUUCUUUUUUUUUAAAAACAUAGCCCCUCACUAGGAUUUUCUCCUGUGUCGUGGCUGCAUUUACAAACAUACAAGUUCACAUACACAUGACACCCAGCCCCGGAACAACAAUCUGUGGAUCACACAAGUAGUUGUUCCGGGAAUCGAACUCGCGACACGUUGCGCGGCAGCCAGUUGCCUAACCACCGCGCCAAUCGUGCAGUCAAAUGUAAUGGACACCUGGAGUUGGUACUCCAGGCGUUACAAGUGCGUUACCGGCCAUUUGGGGAACCUCACACUCACGACGAACUAUAACGCACGCUAUGUUUCACGUCGGUUUUCUAAGAGGCCAUGGUAUCACUCCGGUCGAGCCGGCCCAUUCAUGCUGAAGAAUGAUCCUCUGAUACUUGAAUUCAGUUGCACAUUGAAAUUCUAUUCAGUUCUUGGUAAGGAUAAACAAGGUUUAAGCGAUUUAAAAAAUUAUACAUUGAUAUCAUGA